AUGGACCCCAUGCCUGGAGAGAAAUCAAACUAUGAUCAAGAGGAAGAAUCCCAAUACAAACAACAAGGAGGUGGUGCAAUUUCUGCACCUGCAGAGGAUGCAUUGAUUGGUGAUGAUGAUGAUGAGUAUGAUGAACUCUACGGUGAUCUUAAUAUUAAAGAGGGUUUUCUUCAGCCUCAGCCUUCUGAGGCGCCUGGUCCAAAUGGGGCCGUGAAUGUGGCUCAGAAUGGUGAGAGCAGGCUCUUCGUGGGAGAGCUACACUGGUGGACUACUGAUGCGGAAGUUCAGAGUGUUCUAUCUGAAUAUGGGAGGGUGAAGGAGUUUAAGUUUUAUGAUGAAAAACGUAGUGGAAGAUCUAAGGGGUAUUGUGAGGUUGAGUUUUAUGACUCGGCUUCUGCUGCUGCUUGCAAAGAAGGAAUGCAUGGUUACAAUUUUAACGGGAGAGCUUGUACAGUGGAAUUUGCUUCUCCACAGACUGAAAGGCAGAUGGCUGAUGCUUAUAGGAACACAUCCCAAGUACGACCUCAAUCUCAAUCUCAGCCGCAAGGAAGGAGGUCUUUGAAUGACAAUGCAGUAAUAAUUACUUGCCGUACAAAUGAUCCUACCGGAGAUUUUGGAAGAGGCCGUGGGUUGCCGAGAGGAUCACAAGGAGGUGGAAAUUGGAGACACGGGCCUAACUGGGGCAUAGGUACCUCUACGAGGCCAAACAUGCCAAAUGCUCGGGGGUCUGUAGCUGGUGCAAGUUCUGGAGGUUUCAUGAAUCCACAUCCUAUGAUGGGUGCUGGAUUCGAUUCAAGCUAUAUGGGUCGAGGUCUUCCACGUCCGACUUUUCCAGGGAUAAUACCUCCUUUCAAUGUGAAUGCUCUGGACAUUUCUGGUGCAUUUCGUCCUGUGAAUCCUGGUUUCUUUGGCGGGGGAAUGGCUGCUUAUGGAAUGGGGAUGAUGAGAUUCGGAAAUGUCAGCAUGGCUGGACCUUCUUCAGGAAUGUGGAAUUAUGCAAACAUGGGUGGAGGGAGAGUACUGCAGCAGCAACUCAGCCAAAGCACAAGUGAUGAGUCGAGUUCUGCUAGUGAAGCAAACGCGGGGGGAGGGAGCCCGGAACAACACAGCCAAAGGACAAGUGAGUCGAAUAUUGAUACUGAAGUAAACACUGGUGGAGGGAGACCGGAGCAACGCGGCCCAAGGACGACAAGAGAGUCGAGUUUUGGUAGUGAAGCAAACACGGGUGGAGGGAGACUGGAUCCACGCGGCCAAAUGACAAGAGACUCGAGUUUUGAGUACAGAGAGCUCCGGUACAGGGACCGCCGCCAGUACAGGGAGGAAAGAGAUUAUUAUGACAACCACCGGGCUUACAGGGAUGAUCAUUAUGAUCGAGGACAAACUUCUGCCAGAUCUAAGGGCAAAUCACGUGUUAUGGAGGAGGAUCACGGAUCUCGUCCAGGGGAUUCUUACCAUGGCAAAAGGAGACGUCGGACUGAUGAUGAUGCAUUCUGA